AAGCUCAAAAGCUCAAAAGCUCAAAAGCUCAAAAGCUCAAAAGCUCAAAAGCUCAAAAGCUCAAAAGCUCAAAAGCUCAAAAGCUCAAAAGCUCAAAAGCUCAAAAGCUCAUGAACUACAGUGUACAGAAACAGCUAUACAUUAACCUCGCGUCUUUGCCUUCAAAUUCGUUUUCAACUACAUCAUUUGUCCGCGCAACAACCCCUCACUGAGCUUGUUGACUAUAACUGGAGCUUCAGACCGCAUGCGCCGCAGCAACCCAGUUCGCCCCUUCACCGUAACCUUGCAUAAAGAGAAAGGAAGAAAGGGCAAGACAUAACCACAUUCACCUUUAUCCAAUAACAAGGGUCUUUGAGCAUACUCGGCGAUAGUGUGGUUCAUAUUGCUGUCUAUCCCCGGUGCCAGCUUGUGGUUGUUCACAAAGACAAGAGCAGCACAUCUGCACCAUGGAGGGCACAUAUGAAGGCACAGGCCCAGGGAAGACGGGUCCGCGGUUACUCGAAGACUUAUUAGAUUACGACAGCUCAAGGCCUCGAGCGAACGGCGGGAACCUCCUCAUCGACCCUGCUCCGAUCUACAAGCCAAACAAGAGCUACCCUCCGCGCACACAUCCGAAUGACUGUCACCACUUCUUGUGCCGAAAGGACUGGCAGAGCAGCAUCCCCCCCUUCGACAAGAAACCUACGACGCAAACACAAUGCUUCUCGGCCUCAUAUUGCUCAUAUUGUUUGCACCAUUUCGACGUCGUUGUGGACUAUACGCGGCAACCUGGCAAAAACAUUCCUUGUCAAGCUGGCACUCCUCACCCUCUGCAUCACUUCCAGUAUGUUGGGUCGGAGUUUCGGACACAAGAGGAGCUUGGGAGGCCCGAAAAUAAAUAUGACAAUUAUAAGGAGCAACACGCAUUCGCAUGCUCAGCGUUUAGUUGCCCAGCAACUGCAACUAUCCGGAUAUCUCCUCCAAGGCUGAAUCGUGCGCAGUCAGCAUUGUUACUGAGUCCACAAAAGGUUUAUGCGCGAGGAGCUAAAGUCAUCGAGGAGGACCCUGAUCGCUAUGGGGAGAGCAGGCCUUCGUUUCCAUGUGAAGUUCUCGCUGUGAUCCGGACAUACCUCACGCAUGCAUUAACUAACGCUCCGGGAGAGUCGAAGAGAAUAGCUGCCCGUAACAAGAGAUUCUUGCUUGCAUUUGGUUACGAAUGCAAGGACCUUCUCGAAUACCUCGGAUUCACCUAUGAGCAGGAACGGGUAAAGAAUGGUGAUGUCGAAGAGGAAGAAAGAUUCUGGUUACUGCCGGCUGUGUCACCUGCAACAGAGGCAACUGAUGCUGUGGUACCUAAAACAAACCGGAAUUUUGUCGAGGAUGUUUUAUGUGAGGUUUCUCAGCGUCUUGCAGAUCGCCCACCUGAAGAGCUUAAGCAGGGCAACUCUCAGAUCCUGUAUAACCCAUUGCCAGCGCUGAAGGACCUACGCAUUUCUUUGGGCAUCCUCAACUUUCCAACGGACUCUAGAAUCGUGAAUCUUGAGGCGAUUGAACACCCACAUUAUGCGAGCUUGGGCGCAACAUCGAGUUUCUCUGACGAACUCAUAUUCUUUGCGUAUAGCAGACAGAGGGACUGUGAUCCAAGUCAUAAACCCUAUUAUUUGGAAUGUCUCCAAGGUAUAGGCAAAGGAAGAGGCAGUCCAUUCCUCGAAGAAGAAUUUGUCAAGAUCGUGUCACUGGGAGAAAACACACUCACCGAAAUUGACGACGCGUACAAGUUUUUCGCACUUAACCCAGCCGUCGACCAUGGAGAUGAUCAUAUUAUCGGCGUCUAUAAGUCGAGAAUAGAAGCUGCUCCUAUCCAGAAGGACGCUGCAAAGCUGUCACUGUUAUUGAUAGGUAAGGCAAGAAAUAGUGCAAAGAUUCAGGAGGUUGCAAAUAAUAGAGCCGUCACUUACGAAGAGGCUCUCGAAUACCUUAAUGUCACAGCAGACACUCCGUCCGACUUCAUUGAAGCUCAAGCAAUCGCUGUGGCCGCUGAUGUCGACAAAAGUAUUGUUGCACCCAUGCUCAGUGUGAUCGGAAACACAAGGAGAGAUCUAUCACUGCAAAUAGCUGCUGCUUCCAUGGAGGCAGGUAGUGUUACUUCGAACCUGACUGUGAAGGAAGCGUAUAAAAGGCUUCAGAUCCAAGAUGAGAACGCAUCUGAGGAGGCUGUCUUUGCAUAUUAUCAGACCCUCAUAGAGGAUGCACCACUGGGGUCCAAAGAAAGCUUUUUGGAGGCUAUUCGUGUCAUUGCAAAGUCAAGAAACAGCUAUUUUCUCUUCGCAAAGAUCAGUGAUCCUAACGCCGUCGUUGCACCGCAACGAUCCACGGCAGAUCAGCCAGUUGGCCUGGACAAUAUUGGCAACACUUGUUAUCUCAACAGUCUUCUCCAGUAUUACUAUACAGUACGACCUGUCCGUGAUGUGGUGAUGAACUUCGAGGAUUACCGGAUGCCACUUACGGCAGAAAAUAUUGUGAAGAAGCGUGUUGGUGGCCGUGCUGUUGGCAAAGGCGAAAUAGUAAAGGCUCAGAACUUCGCUGUAGAGCUUCAAACUCUCUACCAGAGUCUCAAAUCAGCCUCAACUCAAUCAGUGAAGCCAACGCAAGACCUUGCCGAACUAACGCUGUUCAGCACAGCAACUGAAGCAAACUUUAGGAGAGCAUCUAUCAGUAGCCCUUCUGGAAUGCCAAACCUGGACAAUGAAGAGAGGCCGAUAUUUGGCCCUCACCUCCCUCCUCCGCCUCCGCCUCCGAAAGACCACCCGCCAUCUGUUCCAACGCAGCGAGCCACGGUGCCGACGCAACUAGAGCGUGAUAUCGAGAUGACAGACGGACCAUCACAAGAAACUCUUGAUAACGACGAUUCAAGCAGCCAGAUAACCCUUGUUAAUCCAGAAUCUAAGAAUAGCGAGGCACCCUCUGCGGAUAUGUGUAACGUUAUCGACCUAGAACAAGAUUUGCCUGGAAGGUUACCCUCAGCCGAGCCUCCAGCAAUGGGAAAUGUGUCCUUUGAAGCACCACUUGAAACCCUUGGCGCGGGCGAACAGGCUCGCCCCAGGAAGGAUGAAGUAAUGGCAAAUAGCGGGUCUUUAACACCACCUCCUGAAAGCAUGGAAAUGGUCGAGCAGCGGCCACCGGUACCUCCUCGAAACAAGCCGGCUCCCAUCAAGACCGGUGAAUCUGAAGAAGAAUUACGGGCGCAAAAGCUGUAUUUUGGGGCACAACAAGAUGUCACAGAGGUCAUUGGCAACGUCAUAUUUCGACUGCAGUGUGCAAUUAAACCAACAAGGAUUGAUCCUAAGUUUGGAGAGCAGAUCGACGUUGUCAGGGAGACAUUCUUCGGAGCCAAUGCCGUGCAUUUGAAAAAGGCCGAUUCCUACGACGUCAAGAUUGAAGAUUGGGCAAAUAUUAUUGUGUUUCCGGGCCUCGAUGGCCAACGCGAUAUUUACGAGGCCCUUGACGUUGUUUUCGACGAACAAAUUGUCGAAAUAGACAAUGCAAAUGCGACCCAGUUUGCGUCCAUCAACAAUCUUCCACCAAUCGUCCAGAUCCAAAUACAGCGCACUGCAUUUGAUCCAGCCACACAGCAAGCUUCUAAAAAUCAAAACAGAAUUGUCUUUGAUGAGACUAUCUAUCUAGAUCGGUACAUGGAGGACGACAAGAUUCUACAACGGAGGCGCGAUGCUUGGGUAUGGAAGAAUAGGAUACGGCUGUUAGAGGCACGCCAAAAAGCUCUACAACUGACUGAUGUAGAGGUGCCAGUCGAAGGUGCAUUACAUGCUACAAAAGACUUCCUACAGUCGCUUGAGGAUGACGAAGUUAGCGAUAUCGCCAUCAACCCAGACCUGGCCAGUACUCUCGAAGAGCGAGCAAACGAGAUAUCCAACGAGAUGGAGGCAAUAUCCAAAGAGAUGUCGAGUCUCAAAUUGAAACUCCAGGAGCAAUUUACAGACUUGCGGCAGCAUCGAUACCGUCUUCAGGCCGUAUUCAUCCAUCGCGGCACGAAUGCAUAUGGACACUACUGGAUUUACAUCUAUGACUUUUCUCACGAUAUCUGGCGAGAGUAUAAUGACGAGCGCGUUUCCAUAGUCGAAGACAGGACCCGAAUUUUUGGUCAGGUAAGCACCGGCGGUGCGACUCCUUACUACUUGGUCUACGUGAGAGAUGAGGAUAAAAACGACAUUGUCGAUGCGGUCUGCCGCGAGCUCCACGAGGAAGCGCCAACUGGAGGUGAUGAGAUGGUCCAGGUGUGGAAUAACGGACACGUAGGUCAUGACGAAGCUAUCGAUAUGACCAAUGGUGCCCAGCAUAUCGAGAAUUACGAGCACUUCGAAACAAAUAAUUCCCCCUCCAGCAUGGACUUGAGCGGGAUAGGCGCAUGGGAUGGGAUGCAAUCGGGGUUCAAUGGAAAUAAGUAAGGCGCAGAUCGUUGCGUAUGCUUAUAGACCUAGGAGUUUUGGUAAAUACCAAAGGUGGACGGAGGGACGGAGUACAUGGCAACGAGCUUUGAGGAGCAUAUGAAGGAGUUAUUAUACCAUAGUGCGACAAGCGAUAGAUCAACGAAUGGAAUACCUCUUAUAUUGGUC